AUGAGGUUAAACCCGGCUAAGUGCGCCUUCGGGGUCUCGUCCGGUAAAUUCUUGGGAUAUUUGGUGUCCCAGAGGGGCAUAGAGGUGAACCCUGAAAAAGUCCGAGCGGUGCUGGAAAUGCAACCACCGAGGACCACGAAACAAUUACAGCAACUGACCGGACGUACAGUGGCCUUGAACCGAUUCAUUUUGAGGUCUACCGACAAGUGUCUUCCCUUCUUUAAAAUCCUGAAGAAGGCAUUUGUGUGGGAUUCGAAGUGCGAAGAGGCUUUUGGGAAUCUAAAGGAGUAUUUGAUGAACCCUCCUCUUUUGAGUCGACCAGUGGAAGGAGAGGUCCUCUAUAUGUACUUGGCUGUAUCAUCCUCAACGGUCUCCUCAGCUCUCGUCUGGGAAGAGAAGGGUAUACAGAAGCUGGUGUACUUCACGAGCAGAGCACUCCGCGGAGCGGAAGAGAGAUACCCGAGGAUAGAAAAGUUGGCAUUUGCCCUGAUUGUGUCCGCCCGGAAACUGAGGCCUUACUUCCAGGCGCAUGCCAUCCGGGUACUAACUGAGUACCCCUUGAAGAAGGUCCUCCAGAAACCAGACCUGUCGGGUAGGCUGGUCAACUGGGCAGUGGAACUCGGGCAAUUCGACAUUGAGUUCCAUCCGCGAACGGCGAUCAAGGGUCAGGCACUGGCCAAUUUUUUCCUUGAAUUUUGCAAUACUCCAGAGCCCCGGGACCCAGCGCAGCAUCCACUAUGGGUAGUUUACGUGGAUGGCUCCUCUCAGUGCCAACGAAGCGGUGUGGGAGUGAUACUGGAGAGCCUGCAGAAGCAGAAGUUCCAGUAUGCCAUCAAAUUGGACUUCACCACGACCAAUAAUGAGGUAGAGUACGAAGCGGUACUGGCGGGCCUGGCAAUUGCGCGGGAAGUAGGGGCCCUCGAUGUUGAAAUACGGAGCGAUUCACAAGUGGUCAUUGGCCAGAUCUCGGGAGAAUUUGCCACACAAGGAGACCGACUGGCCAUAUACUUGGAAAAGGUGCAUGACCUACAAUCUAGUUUCAGGACUAUGACGGUCACGAAGAUCCCUCGCGAAAGAAAUGUUCAAGCGGAUGCGCUGGCUAAGGCUGGUUCCGCGACCGACCAAGAAAUUGCAAAAAUGAAGCGGCAAGUGCUGGUUCAACCCAACCUAUCGAUUGACAAGAGUCAAUGUGUGAUGCAGGUGGCCCGAGAGAGGGAACCGGAACCCGAAUGGGCCUCGGACGUAAUUAGGUACUUAAGAAGCGGGGAGCUACCCAGUCAUAAAGAACAGGCCCAUAAAGUGAAACUACAGGCUGCACGCUACACGAUGGUGGACGACAUGCUGUAUAGAAGGGGAUACUCACACCCUCUACUGAAGUGCCUCUCGGCUCUGGAGGCCAACUAUGUGCUAAGGGAAAUUCAUGAAGGAGUUUGCGGGAACCACUCGGGGGGAAGAAUGCUGGACAUCAAGGCGGUGAGAGCCGGGUAUUACUGGCCCACGAUGACGCGGGACUCGAUGGAGUUCGUCCGGAGUUGUGAUAAAUGUCAGCGGUUUGCCCGGGUGAUGAAGAACCCGCCCAAGAGACUCACGUCGGUCUUGUCACCUUGGCCGUUCUCUAAGUGGGGGGGUGGACUUGGUCGGUCCGAUGCCAUGCGGGAAGGGGAAAAAGAGGUUUUUGGUGGUGGCUGUCGACUACUUCACAAAGUGGGCGGAAGCUGA